AAAUUGUGUUUUUGUUUAGCGAUGAAGCGAAGCUACAGACAGACAGAGCGAGCUAGUCGAGCUUGGUUUGCUUCGUUUUUUCGAGCUAGAGACAGACAAUGAUACGUUUAUCAUAUUUCCAUCUAUAUGAAGAUAUUUUUUCCGCCCACUAAACUACGGAAGACGAGUUCAGUUAGAACUUGUGAAGCAAAGAAAUUGAGUUGCAGACAUACAAAACAAUGGACAGCGACCACACUCGUACCCAUUCAAGAUCAAGUGCAUCAAAAUCAAGAUUUUGUUUAGGUGUUGUCCUGUUGCUUUUAGUGGAUGUCAUUUGGGUUGCCUCUUCGGAAUUAAGCAGAUAUGUUUUCACGGAUCUUGACUAUGACAAACCAUAUCUGUCAACCUAUUUAAGUAUCUCAAUGUUCUCGAUAUAUCUGACUGGUUUUCUUAUUAUUCGAUCGUGGAGGAAGAAAUGUAUAAGAUGUGCAUGUGAUGAUUAUCCAGGACAAUAUCUAAUGAUUGGUGAAACAGACACUGAUACUGAUGAUGGUGUCGAUUAUCAACUUCAUCGAUCUCUGAGCAAACCAACUUAUGUGCCAGCAAAAUAUCCAUCAGAUUUAGAAAGUAGCGAUACAGAGCGGCGAUCAAAUGGUCACAGAGUUAAAUUUAAUGAUUUAAUGGAAGUAAGACAUCUUGAAGACACAUCGGCUGCCCAUAUAGCCAGGAUGUCAUAUUUAUCGGCAUUGAGAGCAAAAAUAUUACUGAAAAGCAGCUCUGGAAACCUAACAAUUGCUCAGAUUGCAAGAAUAAGUUGUGUAUUUGCUCUAAUAUUUUUUGCAGGGAACAUUGCCUAUCAAGAAGCACUUUCUAUCACAGAAGUUGCAGUUGUGAACGUUUUAUCUUCAACUUCAUCUUUAUUUACUUUAAUAUUAUCUGCAAUUUUUCCGUCUGAUGAAAGAGACAAAUUUACUUUAUGCAAAUUAUUUGCUGUUUUAGUCUGUAUUGGAGGUAUUGUCCUGGUAAGCGUAUCAGGUGGAGCAGAUCUGGGUAAAGCAGUAGAAGUAGGAGCAUUGUGGGCACUUGUUGGAUCUAUAUGUUAUGCAGUAUAUCUUGUUUUAUUGAGAAAAGUUGCUGGCGAUGAUUUAAAUGUUCCAAUGUUUUUUGCAUUUGUUGGUAUUUUUACAUUUUUAUUGUUGUGGCCUGGAUUACUUGUAUUACAUUAUACAAAAGUUGAAGUAUUUGAAUUACCUGAUAAACAAACUGCAAUUUACCUUAUUGUCAAUGGACUUGUUGGAACUGUAUUAUCAGAAAUAUUGUGGCUUUGGGGCUGCCUACUCACUACCUCUCUAAUUGGAACUCUUUCACUAAGUCUUACGAUUCCACUGAGUGUUGCAACGGAUAUUAUAAUACGAAAGGUUGAUUUCACAUGGAGGUUUUUCGCUGGUGCAAUACCUAUAUUUUUAUCUUUUAUAUUUGUUACUAUAUCAUCUACUUCUAAUAACAAUACAUCAUGCUGUUGUUGCAAACAAAAAUCUACUAUUUUAUCAGAGCAAGAAAUUCCACUCACAAGUUUGUCUAAUGAAGACGUAACAGAAAGUUAAAUUUUAUCAUAAGCAGUAUGGAAAUGUUUAUGAAAUUAAUAGUCUAUCCAAUGUUGCUUGGUUUGUUUUUGUUAAUAUCAAAUUUAGAGAUGUCCAUAUCCGAAUACUGAACUAUUCUAGAAUAACACUGAAAAAACAUUUCAAAUAUUGUUUGAACUAAAUUAACAGAGCCGUAAUAAUGCUGCAGGGUGUUUCAAUCACGUUAUUUCUCACCAUAUGUGAGUGAAAGGAACACAUGACACCAUGCCAAUGUUUGACGAAUUGAAAUAAUGCAUUGUUGAAAUGUUAGCAUCAUCCUGAAAGCAAAUUAUUUUUUGGAAGCUCUGUUAGCAUCGCCGAUUGUUUCCUUCGGCAUGACCUGUUUAUUUAAGGAAGUGACUAAUGGGGUCUCCGUGGCAAGUUUUGUGCACUCUUUAAGUUACGAUAAAGGACAUCCCUAAACUAUCAAUAUGCAUAAAACAAUAUUUUGAAUUCCAUAUCAAUGCAAAACACUGAAAUUGUGAUUCGUAUCAACUCCCCGUCAUAUGUGAAUUCGAAUAUGUUCUUUUUUUUUUAAGUUUCAAAAUACUUGUAACCUUAUUUUUUUACAUUAUAUUGUUUAUCGUGUGGGGAUCUUCAUUUUUCACAAUUUGAUUCUCUCGAAGUCAAGACUAAUGAUUUUUAGAUUUUUCAAAACAUACAUUGUAAUUUUCCCAUUAACUGUGAUCUAAAUACUCUGUGUCUUCAAGUUGACUAAAAUAAAACAAAUUUUGGAAAUGUUAACUCCAUGAACUCAUUUUUAUUUGUGUUUGGCGAAUGAAAACAUUCAAUUUCUUACCGUGGUCAACACUCCUUCUGUUAGCAAAGUUUUAUGUUGUUGAAUUGAAUUUGUAAUUUUAUGAUUUUUUUGCCUAAAUUGACCAGAUAAAUUUUGAAAAAUAUAGUGGAAAAUGAAACAUUAGUAAGCCAACAUUAUAAUUGUUUCUUUACUACUUUUAAUGUGUUAGGUUCUCUCUUUCUGUGUUUAAAUGAAUUACCUAUGCCAUCUAUGCCUUGUAAGAAGAGAUGCAGCCAGACAUUGAUGUAUCACACACAGAAAUGGGAAAUAAUCUUGCGUCCAACAGUAUUAUUUUAAAAUUGUCAAAUUGUUUAUAUUUUAUUGUAGAAUGAUAUAAUACAAUUACAUAUAUACAGAA